CACUUUCACCAAGAAAAAAAAAACAAUUUUUGUUUUACAAGCUAAACCUUCUCUCAUCACACAUAUUAAGAAUGACAGAUUACUUGGAGGAGCAACAAAACGAGAUUGAGGCACUCGAAUCUAUUUACCCUGACGAAUUCCAAGCUAUUAGUGAGAAGGAAUUCAAAAUCUCUAUAUAUCCUGAUGAACAAGAUGAAGAUCACCCUCGUGCCAUUUCGUUACAGGUGAAAUACACACCUACUUAUCCUGAUGAGUUACCAGAAUAUGACAUCAAGACACUUGAAGGACAGAUUCCUACAAGCUAUUAUACAAAGAUGAAGGAUGCUGUGAAAGAGGCUGCCGAGGAAUCUGUUGGCAUGGCAAUGAUUUUUACCAUGGUGAGCAUUAUUAAGGAAGAGUUGGAUAAUAUCAUGUUGGAUGUUCAAAGAGCAGAAGAAGAGAUCAUUAAUGAGAACCGACGUAAGCAAGAGGAAGCUGAACAAGCUAAAUUUACCGGUACUAAAGUGACGGUUGAGAAUUUCAUGGCCUGGAAAAAAACGUUUGACGAGGAAAUGUUAAAGAAGGAUGCAGUUCUUAGAGCACAAAAGGAAAAGGAAUUGAAGGGCAAAUUAACAGGUCGACAAUUAUUCGAACAAGAUAAAUCACUUGCUAUGUCUGAUGCCAAAUACAUGGACGCUGAUGACGUAUCAGUCGAUGCUUCUCUUUUUGAUAAGGAAGAACGUGGAGGUGCUUUAGAACCUGAAGACGAUGAAAACGCAGUUUGGAAACAAUUCGAUAAAGAAGAAUAAACAACAACCACGUUUUUUUUUUUUUGUUCAUUAAAUCAUUAAAAUGUCUAGAUUUCUUUACCCCCUUAAUACCUACAGCAUACCCGAUUGCCCGGGUUUUUUUCUUAAAAAAAACUUGUAGAUCCUACUUUAAAUCCUGUCAGUAAAUUGCCAUCGCAUCGGGCACCGCUACUCAGUAAAUAAAGGUGGCCCGCGCACUAAUAAAAACUUGUGUAAAGGGGUAGAGCAUAAAAUCAUACGAUCAUUUAUACAAAAUAAAAAACCUGAAUUUUCAUAACUUAAUA